UAAUUGCUUGCAUGAACAAGGAUAUAAAGUUAGCGAGCAGCUGCAGUGAAAAUGUCUGUCUGCAAAGAUAAUCUUUUCGGGCAUUGCUUCUUUUCUGAGCAGAUAGACAGCCAGAAACCUUCAUUCAAAAUCAUCCAAACUUCAACUGAACAUUUGCUGUGCACCAAGACCAACGGCAGUGAUCUCAGUCCGAAUCUGUUAAGGCUAACAGCAAAAUGGCAAACAAAGUAAGCCACCGAUAUCCAUUGACUCAAAGGGGUGGAAGUCAGCUGUGGCUCUUCACUAUUAUCAUUCUUGAACUAAUGCUUCUGGAGAGAAUCCAUGGUUGGACCUAUCAAACUCUGGAGGAAAAUAUGGCCUGGGACAAUGCCAGACGCCACUGUAAAGAAAAAUACACAGAUCUAGUUGCAAUCCAGAAUGCAAAAGAAAUUGAGUAUUUGAAUAAAACCAUACCUUUUUCAAAAUCUUACUACUGGAUCGGAAUAAGAAAAAUAAAUGGCACUUGGACAUGGGUUGGUACGAAUAGAUCUCUCACCAAAGAAGCAGAGAACUGGGCUUCUGGUGAGCCUAAUAACAAAGGAGAAAAUGGCAAUGAAGACUGUGUAGAAAUAUAUAUAAAAAGAAGUGCUGAUGCAGGGAAGUGGAAUGAUAUCAACUGUGAGAACAAGAAAAGACCUCUGUGUUAUGUAGCUUCAUGCACUCCCACCUCAUGUAGUGGUCGUGGACAAUGUGUGGAAGAAAUUAACAAUUACACAUGUACAUGUAAUGAUGGAUUCUAUGGGCGAGACUGUGAAUAUGUUGAACAGUGUACCACUCUCGACGUUCCUGACCAAGCGACUAUGAGCUGCACCCAUCCUAAUGGAAACUUCAGCUUCAACUCUACAUGUGACUUUCACUGUGCAGCAGGGUUUACACUGCAGGGCUCACAGGGGCUCCAGUGCAAUGCAACAGGAAUGUGGACAGCAACAAGACCCCACUGUGAAGUUUUAAGAUGUGGAGAGCUGGAGGAACAUGAGCAAAGAUUUAUAAAGUGCUCCCAUCCCAUUGGAAAUUUCGGUUACAACUCAACGUGUGACUUCAGCUGUGCCGAAGGGUUUGAGCUCCAAGGGAGAGACAAACUGGAGUGUGGAGCAUCAGGAGAAUGGUCUGCACCGAUUCCCAGCUGUGAAGCUAGAAAAUGCGCCGCACUAGAAGUUCCAACACAUGGAUUCAAGAAUUGCUCUCAUCCAUUUGGAGAUUUCAGUUACAACUCAACAUGUGAAUUCAGCUGUGCUGAAGGGUUUGAGCUCCAAGGAUCAGGCAGCCUGCAGUGUGGAGAAUCAGGAGAAUGGUCAGCACCGAUUCCCAGCUGUGAAGCUAAAACAUGUACAGCUCUAGAAGUUCCCAUACAUGGAUUCAAGAAGUGUUCUCAUCCCAUUGGAGAUUUCAGUUACAACUCAACAUGUGAAUUCAGCUGUGCUGAAGGGUUUGAGCUCCAAGGAUCAGGCAGCCUGCAGUGUGGAGAAUCAGGAGGAUGGUCAGCACCAAUUCCCAGCUGUGAAGCUAAAAAAUGUACAGCUCUAGAAGUUCCCACACAUGGAUUCAAGAAGUGUUCUCAUCCCAUUGGAGAUUUCAGUUACAACUCAACAUGUGAAUUCAGCUGUGCUGAAGGGUUUGAGCUCCAAGCAUCAGGCAGCCUACAGUGUGGAGCAUCAGGAGAAUGGUCAGCACCGAUUCCCAGCUGUGAAGCUAAAAUAUGUACAGCUCUAGAAGUUCCCAUACAUGGAUUCAAGAAGUGUUCUCAUCCCAUUGGAGAUUUCAGUUACAACUCAACAUGUGAAUUCAGCUGUGCUGAAGGGUUUGAGCUCCAAGGGAGAGACAGACUGGAGUGUGGAGCAUCAGGAGAAUGGUCAGCACCACUCCCCAGUUGUGAAGUUGUGAAAUGUAGAACUCUGGAGACUCCCAGGCAAGCAGAAAUGAACUGUUCUCAUCCUGUUGGAGCAUCCAGUUACAACUCAACAUGUGACUUCAGCUGUGUCAAAGGAUUCAAGCUCCAAGGAUCAGGCAGGCUGCAGUGUGGAGCAUCAGGAGGAUGGUCAGCACCAAUUCCCAGCUGUGAAGGUAUUCCUCCGUACACAUCUGUAUUAAUGGCAUCUGUUACUGGUGUCUCUGCUUUGACACUGAUGGCCUGGCUAGCAAGAAAUCUCAAAAGGAAAGCACAAGCAGAAAAGUUUUCACUUAUAAGCAAUGAGAAACAGAAUUUAUCAAGAGAAACUUACACAGCACAUGAGGAGGUGUAGAGUCGCAUACAUUGAGGUCUUUGACAGUUUUCGUAAACAAGAGGUAAACAAGAAUUUUCAAGAUCGUUGGUUUUGCAGCUUCAAUAUUGCAAGAUCAUAGCACCAUUUAUGCAUGGAUGGAUCUCCUCUCCUAACAGAAUUCAGUUCAUUCCAUUGACAGAAACUUUCCAGAUGUCUGAAUUACAAAUGCUGGUGACGAGGCACUAAAACUUUCUGUCCAUCAUGUGGUGAUACUCAUAUUUUUUCUGCGUGUUUACCAUCAUAGGAUUAAGUAAAAGCCUGUACCUUUACAUUAAUGGUAAAGGUUACUACAGAUGUGAAGACAAUGGACAAUUUAAAAAUGAAGCACCUCAACUUAAAAGAGACAGAGUAGUUCAAUGAUUGGUGUCUAAUUCUUAGAUCGAUGAUAUGUUGUCAGAAUAGAUUAUAUACUGCCACAGUUUUGCACAGUUUGUUUACUGCAGAAAAUAUGUGCAUUACUGAAGGCUCGAUAACUGGUAUAGAAAAUACAAAUGCACUAAAGGAUAUGGUAAUUUGUCAUGUGCAGAAAUGGCCAAAUUUGUUUACCAUAACUUUUAGCACUAGUAUUAAAACAAAACUAAGAUUUGAAAAAAUCUUUGCCCAUUACUUCAGAUUGCUGCUCAUAUAUCACAAUGCUUUCAAUGAAGGCACUAAAACAACUUAUUUCCAAACCUGCAAUUAUACCUCUGUUUCAGGUCCAAGAUUAUUUCCCCAUUUCAUUUUCCCUUUUUACAAACCUCUGCCCAGUGGUUUGCUCUGAUAGAACUCCAGGAGUCAGAAUAUUGUGAGCACAUUGCUUUCUAAUUCAAAACAUUGAUGCUUUGGAUCCAUUACAUCAUAUUUUAAGCUUUAUAAGGUCUAACCUCAAUAGGUCUAAAAUUCUGUUUCAAACUUAAUUGAUUACAACACUAGUGAAAAGAAAGAUUUCAUUUACGAGUAAUAAAGAAGGCAAUAUCGAGAACAACAAACUGGAUAAUGAAAUAGUCAAACCCCUUCUUCCAAAUAAAUUGAAAAACAACAUUAAUCAGAUAUGAUAAUAUAAACAAACUAAAUGAUUAUUUUAGGAAUUAAAGUGAAAAUGCACAACGAACACUGAAUGUAUUGUAUUAUUCAUACAUUUUAUUCACUUCCCAUUUCUGUAUAUGUUGGUUACACAUGUGUAUUCACAUUUUUAUUUAUUAUGGUUUAUUUAAUUAAAUCCCUAUCGCUGAGACAGUGCGUGAAAGGUGAAUGUUAGAUUUGUACCAUUAUCUCAUCAAGCAAACUGCAGUUAAUGGUGUGAUUUCCAUUGUGACUUUCCAUUGCCUAUAUGGUUCCAUACCUGUGUAUGACAUGAUGUUCUUAUGAUCUGCUAACAUGUAGAGUUAUACUUCACUUGCAGUUCAUGAGUUGUUCAAAUGUGUUUUUAUUUUAGUGAUCUGAUAGGAAAUAGAUAAUCCAUCAAUGUACCAAAUUCGUCCCUCUCAAUCUGAAAACUAAUAAUGAAGUAACCUUGUGUAAAAAUUAGGGAACAAACAGUUUGACCACAAAACACCGCACUCAAUCAAUUUCCCCCAAUACAUUUUCAAAAUAGUAAUACAACAGGAUUGCAGUCAGGCUGAUAAAAGAAAUCUAUGUGAAAGAAAGAAGCCAGUUAGGUAAUACAUUGCAGUAUCAACAAUGUUUGUAAAAUAAUGCAUGACUAUUUCCACAUGGAAACUUAAAAAUGUUCCAUUCUGCAGCAGUGCUAUCCCUCAUAAAAUAAACAAAAUAAAUCGACACAAGUAAACAAAACAUAGAUUGCACAACUUUAUUGUAUCAUUUUACAAAGCACUCACCAGAAAGUAUGAAAGAAGAAAGUGUUUUAAGAUA